AUGUCAUAUCGAGUUGAGUCCUCAGUUUCAGGGCGCGCGGGUUGCCAAGCUACCGAGUGCAAACAUGCAAAGAUCAAGAUCGAUAAGGAUGAGCUCCGCUUGGGUUCCUGGGUUCCCUUUGAAGAUCGUGGAAGCUGGGCUUGGAGACACUGGGGAUGCGUCAGCGGAAAGCAGUUGCAGAACUUGAGAAAUAGUCUCGAAGAUCCGGCAAAGCCAGGUACUUACCGAUGGGAUUUCUUGGAUGGUUACGAUGGCGACGACAAGGGCAGCCUUAGUAGUCAUCCUGAUCUCCAGGAAAAGGUUCGACGAGUGAUCACCCAGGGGUUCAUCGAUCCUGAGGACUGGAAUGGCGAUCCUGAGAUGAACAAGCUUGGAGAAUCUGGCUUACGCACCGCUGCCACUAAGAAGAGAAUGAAAGAAGAGCUGAAGCAGAGAGCCAACGAGAUCAAGGAAUUGGAAGAAAAGGCCGCCACUCUGGCCGCAGAACGAGAUGCAUUGCAUCAGACGGGAGCCUCUACCUCUCGCCUGAGCGAGGAGAUCGGAGAGGUCAAGAGCGAACUCGAAACCAAAUCUGAGGAGAAACAGGUCAUUGGAAUCAAGCGCGUCAAGGAUGAGGCUGAUGAUGAGGAAUUUGAAAAGAAGCAGCCGGCCAAGAAGAAGCGUGCCACCGCAGCUAAAAAAGAAGCUUCUGAUGAAGAGGAAGUAGCGAAGCCAGCUAAGAAAUCUCGAGGCAAGAAAGCUGCGAAGGCCGUGAAGGAAGAAGACGAAGAGAUGGCCCAACUUGGCGAGGAGAAGGAGCAGCCCGUCUCAGCCGCAAAGAAAUCUCGAGGCAAGAAAGCUACGAAGGCCGUCAAGGAGGAAGAUGAAGAGAUGGGCGAAUUCGGUGAAAAGAAAGAGGAACCCGUCCCAGCUACAAAGAAAUCCCGAGGCAAGAAGGCAGUCAAGAAAGAAGACGCCGAUGCCAAUGUUGUAAAGGGCGAAGAUGACUUCGAUUCUCCAGCCAUCGUAAGCGCCCCCGCGGAUGCUGCGUCCCGUGGUAAAAAGGCUGUCAAACAAGAAGCCGUCAAGGAAGAACCUUCUGAGGAAGCCGAUGAUAACGGUGAACCGUCCGCCAAGAAAACCCCUGUGAAGAGAGGCCGCAACAAAGCCGUCAAGGAAGAACCGACUGAGGAAACAAACGAUCAUGGCGAACCACCUGCCACCAAGGCUCCAGCUAAGAGAGGCCGCAAGCCAGCUACCAAGAAGGAGGAGCCUUCCGAUGCAAACGAUGAUCACAGUGAACCACCCGCCAAGAAGGCCCCGACCAAGAGAGGCCGCAAGCCAGCUGCCAAAGAGGAAUCAUCUGAGGAGGAGGAGAAGGCCAUCCCUGAAGCUGCCGAAUCUGUCGCCGCAAGCAAUGAUGACUCUCCGCCAACUCAGGCAGCUGCUGAAGCCGAGGACGCUAAACCCCAGUCUAAGAAGAAGGGUGUUCGUGGCAAGAAGACUGCUGUUCCCGCCGCAAAGUCGACUCGCACAUAUCGUAGCCGCACCGCUUCGAAAGCCGAAGCCUGA